AUGGAAUAUUACUGUGAAGAUCAUCAAAUUCUGGGAUGCAGCAAAUGCAUCAUCUUGGAUCAUCGAAAGUGUGAAUCGGUGACGUCAGCAGAGGAUUACCGGGACAAGUUGAGGAAAAGCUCUAAGAUCGACGAUCUGCUGGAGGAACUUCGUAAAAGCGCAGACGCCAUGGAAAUACUGAUAAUGGAUGUUAGUGAGCAACUGAAAACCAUGACACUAGAUCAGGACACUGCGCUGCAAAGUUUGACCGACAUACGCAAAAAGAUCGACGAGCGGUUCGAUGUUCUACAGAAAGAUCUCACAGACAAACUGGUAUCAGCUUUUAAAGAACAAAAGAAAACCUGGAGAUAUCGAAACAGCAAUGUGAACGGCUGA